AAUAUACCCGGCCACGUCUCUUCAUCCAACAAGACACAAAAUUUUAGAAGAUAAACAUGCCGCUUCGCCUUGAUAUAAAACGUAAGUUAUCAGCGAGAUCAGAUCGUGUAAAAGCAGUCGAUCUUCACCCUUCAGAACCAUGGAUGCUGGCAUCUCUUUAUAAUGGAAAUGUCCAUAUAUGGAACCAUGAAUCACAGCAAAUAAUAAAAUCAUUUGAAGUAUGUGAUCUGCCUGUGAGAGCGGCCAGGUUUGUGGCUCGCAAGAAUUGGGUUGUGACUGGAUCAGAUGACAUGCAUGUACGAGUCUACAACUAUAAUACAUUGGAGAGAGUACACCAGUUUGAGGCUCAUUCAGAUUAUCUCAGAUGUAUAUGUGUUCAUCCCACACAGCCUUUUAUCAUCACAAGCAGUGAUGACAUGUUAAUCAAACUUUGGGACUGGGACAAGAAGUGGACUUGUACCCAGGUAUUUGAGGGACACACCCACUAUGUUAUGCAAAUAGUCAUCAACCCAAAGGACAAUAACACAUUUGCCAGUGCUUCCCUUGAUAGAACAGUGAAGGUCUGGCAGUUAGGCUCCCCAACCCCAAACUUUACUCUGGAGGGUCAUGAGAAAGGAGUCAACUGUGUGGAUUACUAUAGUGGGGGAGAUAAGCCUUAUCUCAUCUCCGGGGCAGAUGACAGACUUGUGAAAAUAUGGGAUUACCAGAACAAAACCUGUGUCCAAACUUUAGAAGGUCAUGCACAGAAUAUAUCAGCUGUUGCCUUCCACCCAGAAUUGCCCAUUCUGAUGACAGGAUCUGAAGAUGGCACUGUUCGUGUUUGGCACUCAAGUACAUACAGGCUAGAGAGCACAUUGAAUUAUGGGCUGGAGAGAGUUUGGGCAAUAUCAUCUAAGAAGGGAUCGAACAAUGUAGCACUGGGAUAUGAUGAGGGCAGUAUUAUGAUUAAGCUUGGACGUGAAGAGCCUGCUAUGUCCAUGGACAUGAGUGGAAAGAUAAUCUGGGCCAAACAUGCUGAGGUGCAACAAGCAAACAUCAAGGCACUUGCUGAUGCUGAAAUAAAGGAUGGUGAGAGACUUCCAUUGGCUGUUAAAGAUAUGGGAAGUUGUGAGAUAUAUCCACAAACCAUACAACAUAAUCCUAAUGGAAGGUUUGUAGUUGUGUGUGGAGAUGGAGAGUACAUCAUAUAUACAGCUAUGGCCCUCAGGAACAAGAGCUUUGGCUCUGCACAGGAGUUUGUCUGGUCUAAUGAUUCCUCAGUUUAUGCCACUAGAGAAGGAAGCUCGUCAUUAAAAAUAUACAAAAACUUCAAGGAGACAAAAUCAUUCAAGCCAGACUUCGGUGCUGAAGGUCUUCAUGGAGGUUUCAUGUUGGGAGUUCGUUCAGUUAGUGGUUUAGCUUUCUAUGACUGGGAGUCUACAGAUCUUGUACGCAGAAUUGAAAUCACGUCAAAACAAGUCUACUGGAGUGAUAGUGGUGAGUUAUUAUGUAUUGCAACAGACGAGUCAUUCUUCAUACUGAAAUACAAAGCAGAAGCUGUAGAAGCUGCCAAAGAUAAUCCAGAGGCUAUCACUGAAGAUGGAAUUGAAGAUGCAUUUGAUGUUAUCGGGGAGAUUGAAGAAGUUGUAAAGACAGGAGUGUGGGUGGGAGAUUGCUUCAUCUACACCAACGCUGUAAACAGACUCAACUACUAUGUUGGAGGAGAGAUUGUCACAGUUGCUCACUUAGACAGAGUGAUGUACCUGUUAGGCUACAUUCCCAAGGACAACAGACUCUACCUGGGUGACAAGGAACUCAACGUUGUCAGCUACUCAUUGUUGUUGUCUGUGCUAGAAUACCAGACUGCCGUGAUGAGGCAAGACUUUGAAACCGCUGACAAAGUAUUGCCAACUAUUCCAAGAGAACAACGCACUAGAGUUGCACACUUUUUAGAAAAACAAGGAUUCAAAUCUCAAGCACUGGCUGUAACUUGUGAUCCUGAGCAUAAGUUUGAGCUGGCUCUACACCUUGGGGAUCUCAAGAUUGCAUAUACACUUGCCAAGGAAGCAGAGUCUGAACAGAAGUGGAAACAACUGGCAGAGUUAGCGACAUCCAAGUGUGAAAUGGGACUGGCUCAGGAAUGUCUCCAUCAGGCACAGGACUUUGGCGGUCUCCUUCUGUUGGCCAGUUCUGCAGGGAAUGGACGAAUGGUUGCAAAGUUGGGCGAAACUGCAGAGAAAACUGGUCAAAAUAAUGUAGCAUUCUUGUCAUACUUUUCUCUUGGACAAAUUGAAAGGUGUUUAGAAGUGUUGAUCAGCACAGGGAGAUUACCUGAAGCCGCAUUCUUUGCCAGAACCUACAUGCCAAGUAGAGUAUCUGGGAUUGUUGAACUAUGGAAGAAAGACCUGGCAAAAGUUAACGUGAAGGCAGCCCAGUCGCUGGCAGACCCUGGCCAGUAUGAGAACCUGUUUGAUGGACUCAAAGAGACAUAUAAAGCAGAGGAAUAUCUGAAGCCUGAGAGAAAGAGGAUAUUCCCAGCCAGUAACUUCCCAAAUGUAACUCCGAACUGGGAACGUAAUCCUGUAGAAGAAAUGCUAGCAGCAGAACAGAGCGGUGAAUUCUCCCCAGCUGGUCAAUCAGAGCCUGACUCCACUCCAAGCAAUAUCACAGAGCAAUCUGAAGACAGUCCAGUUGAUGUAGAAGUUGAGCAGGAACAAGAUGCUCCUAAUGACCUCCAGGAAAGUUUAAGAUCAGUCAUAUCAGGCCUUGUAGAGACAGAGAGUGAAGAGCCUCCUACCCAAGAGGCAACCCCGCCACCUAGUGCACAAAAAACAGAGCCAGUAGAGCCACCUAUAACAGAAGCCUCUAAAAAAGCUGCAGAUAUAGAAAAGGAAUUAGAACUUGACCUUGAAAAUUUAAAUAUAGAUGAAAAUAUAGAUACUUCAGAUGUAAAUCUGGAUGAUGAGGACUUACUGGAAGACUAGCACAAGGAAUAUUGUACAUAGGACUUUUAUUC